AUGUCCCACAACGACUCGGGCCCGCCGGCCAAGCGGCAGAAGAAUACCUCGAAUGUUCCAGCCUCAUUCCGUGAUGCCAAGCGCAAAGACAUUGACAAUUGGGAAACCAAUCGUAUGCUCACAUCCGGUGUCGCGCAAAGGAGAGACUAUGGCGACGAUUUCAGGCCCGACGAUGAAGAAGCAACCCGAGUUCAUCUGCUGGUCCACGACCUCCGACCACCAUUCCUCGAUGGCCGCACCAUCUUCACGAAGCAACUAGAGCCGAUCUCAGCCAUUCGAGACCCUCAGAGCGACAUGGCUGUCUUCAGUCGGAAGGGAAGCAAAGUCGUUCGCGAUCGGCGGCAACAGCGUGAGCGACAGAAGCAGGCCCAGGAAGCUACAAACAUGGCCGGUACAGCGUUGGGAAACCUGAUGGGAGUUAAGGAGGACGAGGGCGAUAGCGCUGUGGCUGCGCCUGUGGAGGAUGUUUACAAAAGUGGUGGUAACAAGUUCUCCAAGCACUUGAAAAAGGACGAGGGCGGUGCUAGCGCGUUCAGCAAGAGCAAGACUUUGCGCGAGCAAAGAGAGUUCCUCCCUGCGUUUGCGGUCCGUGAGGACUUGCUGAGAGUCAUUCGGGAUAACCAGGUUGUUGUGGUUGUCGGUGAGACUGGUUCGGGAAAGACGACCCAGUUGACCCAGUUCCUACACGAAGACGGUUACUCAAAGUUCGGCAUGAUUGGCUGUACCCAGCCUCGACGUGUUGCUGCCAUGAGUGUCGCAAAGCGUGUCAGCGAGGAGAUGGAAGUAGAUCUCGGCGAUGAGGUUGGUUAUGCGAUUCGUUUCGAGGAUUGCACCAGUAAUAAGACUGUGAUCAAGUAUAUGACGGACGGUGUGUUGUUGCGAGAAUCUCUCACUCAGACCGAUCUUGAUAAGUACUCUUGCAUUAUCAUGGAUGAGGCACACGAGAGAGCUUUGAAUACCGACGUCUUGAUGGGUCUUCUCAAAAAGGUUCUCGCUCGCCGACGGGACCUCAAGCUGAUCGUCACUUCGGCCACUAUGAACUCAGAGCGCUUCUCGCGGUUCUAUGGCGGCGCCCCGGAAUUCGUCAUCCCCGGAAGAACAUUCCCAGUCGAUCUUCACUUCUCGCGUGGACCUUGUGAGGAUUAUGUCGAUAGUGCGGUCAAGCAGGUCUUGGCUAUUCACGUCUCACAAGGUCCCGGCGACAUUCUUGUUUUUAUGACCGGACAAGAGGAUAUUGAGGCUACUUGCGAGCUGGUUGACGAACGAUUGAAGCUGCUUAAUGAUCCACCAAAGCUUAGCAUUCUACCGAUUUACAGUCAGAUGCCAGCUGAGCAGCAAGCAAGGAUCUUUGAAAGGGCAGACGCCGGCGUGCGCAAGGUGAUUGUUGCCACAAACAUUGCCGAAACUAGUUUGACAGUGGACGGUAUAAUGUACGUCGUGGAUGCAGGCUACUCUAAACUCAAGGUGUACAACCCACGCAUGGGUAUGGAUACGCUUCAGAUCACGCCAAUCUCCCAAGCAAAUGCAAAUCAGCGAUCAGGUCGCGCCGGACGAACCGGUCCAGGAAAGGCCUAUCGACUGUACACCGAGCCUGCCUAUAAGAAUGAGCUUUAUAUACAAACAAUUCCCGAGAUUCAACGAACGAGUCUUGCGAACACGGUGCUCUUGUUGAAAUCAUUAGGGGUUAAGGAUCUUCUCGACUUCGAUUUUAUGGAUCCUCCACCUCAGGAGACCAUCAGCACCUCUCUUUUCGAACUUUGGUCCCUGGGAGCACUUGACAAUCUGGGUGAACUCACACAUCUGGAAUACGGAUGCAGUGAGGAAAUGCUCACUAUCGUUUCUAUGCUUUCUGUUCCCAACGUCUUCUACCGACCAAAGGAACGACAAGAAGAAUCCGAUUCCGCCCGCGAGAAAUUCUUCGUCCCCGAAUCGGAUCACUUGACUCUUCUUCACGUCUACAGUCAAUGGAAAUCCAACGGAUUUUCAGACGCUUGGUGCACUAGGCACUUCCUCCACGCGAAGACUCUCCGCCGCGCCAAGGAAGUUCGCGACCAGCUCCACGACAUUAUGACCGUUCAAAAAAUGACCCUCGUCAGCUGCGGAACAGACUGGGAUCUCAUCCGCAAAUGUAUCUGCUCUGGCUACUACCACCAAGCCGCGCGCGUCAAGGGUAUUGGCGAGUUCAUCAACCUUCGUACCAGCGUCACCAUGGCCCUUCACCCUACGAGCGCUCUGUAUGGCCUGGGCUAUGUUCCCGAGUAUGUCGUCUAUCACGAACUCAUUUUGACCGCCAAGGAAUACAUGUCUACUGUGACAGCCGUGGAUCCUCAUUGGCUCGCCGAACUCGGUGGCGUUUUCUACUCAGUCAAGGAGAAGGGAUACUCACAGCGUGAACGACGGGUGACAGAGCUAGAAUUCAACAAGCGCAUGGAAAUCGAAUCCCAAAUGGCAGUGGAUCGUGAACGCGCCGCGGCUGAGAAGGUUCGCGAAGAGGAGCGUAUCGAUCCUAAGCGACGCAUUCGGGAAGUCGAGGCUGGCGGUGGGUCUGCCGUCCGCCGGCCCGUUAUCAAGGGCAAUAAAAAGGUUGGCGGAGUGACUGCCUCGUCUUCCUCUCGGCCUGGUGUAAAUGGCGGCGGAGGAGGCAGUGUGGUCAAGAAGCCUGUCAUUCCGCGACGGCCGGGACGGCAGUUCUAA